AUGACUAGCAGAGCAAAUUUUAAUAAAAGUAGUCGGAUGAACUUUAAAUUUCAAAAUGAGGCUUCAGAGUCCAAAGGUAACAAACCAACGAGAGAAGCAUCUUCAGUUCUUGAAAUUAUAACAUUAAUGAUUGUGCAUAUCUGUAAGAAGCUACUUUUCUAUGACACCAAUUUAAAAAUAGCCAUUUAUUUAGGAGCUCUCUUUCUAUUAUCUCUUAUAGCAGAUGUUCUCACCUUUCCAAAAUCUUAUUUCUCUAGGAGCGAUAAUAUAUUUAAUCAGUAUUUUGUAAAAAUCGGAUGGUUUUGGACUUUGUUUUUAACAAUUCCUUAUGUUUUUUUGACAUCUUACACCACGUGUUGCGGCAAAAGAAAACUUAUAGGCACUCAUUUAGUGAGACUUUUUAUAGCAACAUUGUUUUGGUAUUUCUGGACAACUCUCUUUAAUGUAAUUGAAGUGAAAUAUGGUCGAUGCAAUUCAAGAAACAUCACUGACAAGGUUACAUGUUUAAAAAAUGGUCACUUCUGGAAUGGAUUUGAUAUAUCAGGACAUUGUUUCAUAUUGAUAUACUCAAGUUUGAUAUUAAUAGAAGAAGCAAAAGCAAUCAAUGGAUGGGAGAGAAUAAAAGAUUUCAUUAGAGAUGAGACAUAUUCGAGGAGUUUGAACGACAAAUCUGCACGGGUUAAUCCCUUAAAGAAUAUUAAUAAGGAAGACUUGGAGGUACUUAAAACAUCAUAUGAGAAGUUUACUCCGUAUGUACGAGCAUUUCUCAUAGCCAUAGCUGGUCUACAGCUACUGUGGGAUGUGAUGUUAGUAUCCACAAUAUUGUAUUAUCACAUUAUGGUUGAGAAGUUUAUAAGUGGAGUAAUUGCUAUUCUAACAUGGUUUGUCACAUAUAGAGUUUGGUAUACAUUGCCAUAUUUAUUACCAAAUCCGCCGGGACAGGGAUUGUUUAAAUAUAAUAUGGAGAAAAGCACACCAUUAAAUGUACCUUUAAGAAAGAAAUCAUCAAUCAAUAAUGGUAAACAUUUUAUGGGUAUGCCUAUAAACCCAAACCAGGAAUCCGGAGAACCUGCCGAGGAGACAAAAUAG